AUGGAGGAAGACCUUCGUGGUUGCUUAUGGAAACUCUUCGUCGAUGGAUCCUCAAAUCAGAUGGGGGCAGACAUUGGGAUCAAACUACAGACGCCAGAAGGUACAUCCUUAAGUCAAGCGCUUCGCCUUGACUUUGGAGCCACGAACAAUGAAGCGGAGUAUGAAGCACUGCUGGCAGGAAUUAAGCUCGCCAAGGAGUUGAAGGUUAGGAAUUUGACUGUUUUCAGUGAUUCGCAGUUAAUUGUUUGGCAGUUGAAUGGCGAGUAUGAAACCAAGGAUGAAACGAUGGAAGCAUAUCAUUCAGCUGUUAUGCAGGAAGCCAAAAACUUUGAAAAAAUUGAAUUCAUUCAAAUUCCGAGGGAGCAUAACGAGGAUGCCGAUCGGCUAGCAUGUAGUGCCUCGGGUUCUGGAGAAACAUUGGCAAGGGCGAAUGUAUAA